AUGACCGAUUCCACGAUAGUGGACACGUCGGACGUCGGAUCCGCGCAAAUUCGUGCGUCGAAGAGCGAUUUGUCCAUUGCGCACUCGUCUCCAGGGCUCGAUUCGAAUGCGACGACGUCGACAGCGUGCAUCAACGAUGGCCAACCACUGCGUCGUGAUCUCAGCUCGGAUCUGUUGUGUCCGCUGUGCGAUCAGCUCUUCUAUCGGCCCGUAAUGGUGACAUGUGGACACUCGUACUGCGAAUCGUGCAUCGAACGAUACACCCGGAAUACACGGAUCUGUGUGAUUUGUAAACACGAUGUCGGACCGCUGGAGGCGAUGAUUCGCAGUAUUACACUUGAUAAUAUGGUCCGAAAGCUGAAAAACGAGGAUCACAUCGAAACGACGACGUCCUACGAGGAUUCGUUCAUUUCUGAGGAAAAAAUUCAAAAAGACUCAACUCAGUCACCACCAACACAACUAAUAGCCGCUCCACGACUGAUUCGUAGCUCAAUGCUCCAGAAGCGACGACUCUCGUUCUCGGUCGCCGCACCGAUCAUUUGUUCGAGGUAA